AUGACGGCGGCGGCGGCGGGGCCGGUGGCGGAGGCGGCGGGGCCCGGGGAGGAGGCGGCGGGGCCGGGGGGCCCGUCCCGCCUGGCGCGGCUGCCGCUGGCGCGGGUGAAGGCGCUGGUGAAGGCGGACCCGGACGUCACCCUGGCCAGCCAGGAGGCCGUGUUCGUCCUGGCCCGCGCCACGGAGCUGUUUGUUGAAACCAUAGCUAAGGAUGCUUUUGUGUACGCUCAGCAAGGAAAAAGGAAAACCCUACAGAGAAAAGACUUGGAUAAUGCUAUUGAAGCUAUUGAUGAAUUUGCUUUUUUGGAAGGUACAUUAGACUAAGCUGGACAGAGAUAGAGCUCCCUGGGAGAAAGAGACUGCAGGGCUGGACGUGGGGCAGAGAGUUCCAGAAUUGUUCCUAGAGUGGGGACUGAAAUGGCAACCAUCAUGUUUUGUAAAAAGGUUGAAGUCCUUUAUUUAAAGUGCAUAUUUUUUUCUUUUCAUAAGUGUUUUGUAUGUCACUUGAGUGUGUCCUGCUGCUGGGGUGCAGGCUGCUCUCCAGCUUGGGCCAGGUGGGCCAGCAGUUGCUCAGAGUAGCAGCCCCUGCCUCCCCAGGUUCUCUGCAGUUCCCCAGAGGGUGGUUUGGCUCAGAUGCCCAAACAUGGUGAUUUAUGAUGUGGGUUUUUUUCAAUGGAAAUGUGUUUUUCUGUGUAUAUACUUCUUUCAUAACCAAACACAAUUAAAUUGUUGUUGUUGACCA